UAUGGCACCGAGACUACAGGUAGUCAAGUUGUGGACGACUUCUCUGACAGAGUCAAGGGCAAGAUAGUCGUCAUCACUGGUGUUUCACCAAAAUCUCUCGGACAGAUGCUGGCAACGAACAUUGCGCGGCAUCAGCCCGAGCGCAUCAUAUUUGCUUCUCGCACUUCGUCAAAGCUCGACAUCGUCGCUUCCGAAGUCAAGAAAUCCUCGCCAAACGUCAAGGUCCACACUGUGAUUCUGGACCUUUCAUCACAAGCUUCAAUCAGAAAAGCAGCCGAACACAUCAGCAAACUCGUCGAUCGAAUCGACAUCCUCAUUAACAAUGCUGCAGUCGUAGACUCUGAACUGCGCCAUACAGUGGAUGGUCUCGAAAUGCAGUUUGGUGUCGGGCACAUUGGUCAUUUCUUGUUCACCAAUCUUUUGAUGCCUUUCCUCGAGUCUUCUGCCAGAACUUCCAACAGCGCCACCAGGAUCAUCAACGUGUCAUCUAAAGGUCAUCACAUUGGUCCUGUUCGUUUCCAUGACUACAACUUCGAAGGCAAGGAAGUUCCCGAAGAAGAACAACCGGCAGAUGCUCGACUUAAACAAAUUCAAGGGUACAAUGUUUGGGUCGCUUAUGGCCAGACCAAAUCAGCCAACAUAUUGUUCUCGCUGGCUUUGAAUGAUAGAUAUGGUUCAAAGGGUAUCCGCAGUUAUGCCAUGCACCCCGGAGCCAUUCAGACUGACCUUUCUCGCUCCCUAUCUACGCAAGACGCCGCCUUUCUCGAGAAGAUCGUUGAUGGCAAGUGGAUCACACUGGAUCAAGGCACUUCGACUAUUCUGGUUGCCGCUUUUGAUCCUGCUCUUAGCGAAGCACAGAGCAGUGUCUAUCUAAGCGAUUGUCAAUUCGCUAACGCGGAACCUUAUGCACACGACUUGGAUAUUGCGAAUAGAUUGUGGACCUUGAGCGAGAAGCUCACUCUGCCUCGGCAACGUCUC